CCGGGCUCAGGCGGCUCCGGGCACCGCGCGCACACACCGGGCCGGCUCCCGAGGGCGCCGGCGCGGCCCCGGGGAGCGCGAGCUGGGAGCGCGCGGCCUGCGGUCAGCGGCCCAGCGGCCGAAAAGAUGGUGUCCUGGAUGAUCUCCCGAGCCGUGGUACUGGUGUUCGGAAUGCUCUAUCCGGCGUACUAUUCCUACAAAGCCGUGAAGACGAAAAACGUCAAGGAGUAUGUCCGCUGGAUGAUGUACUGGAUAGUCUUUGCCCUCUACACUGUCAUUGAAACGGUGGCCGACCAGACACUUGCAUGGUUUCCCCUGUACUAUGAGCUGAAGAUCGCCUUUGUCAUUUGGCUGCUGUCGCCCUACACUAGAGGGGCAAGUUUAAUUUACAGAAAGUUCCUUCAUCCCCUGCUGUCAUCGAAGGAAAGGGAAAUUGAUGAUUACAUUGUCCAAGCCAAAGAAAGAGGCUAUGAGACAAUGGUGAAUUUCGGACGGCAAGGUUUGAAUUUGGCAGCUGCAGCUGCCGUCACCGCCGCGGUGAAGAGCCAAGGAGCCAUAACGGAGCGUUUGCGAAGUUUCAGCAUGCACGAUCUGACAGCUAUCCAGGGGGACGAGCCCGUGGGACACAGACCUUACCAGACUUUGCCAGAAGCAAAGAGGAAAGGCAAACAAGCCACUGAGUCACCAGCCUAUGGAAUCCCACUGAAAGAUGGAAGUGAGCAAACAGACGAAGAAGCUGAGGGGCCGUUCUCCGAUGACGAGAUGGUGACUCACAAGGGGCUGAGGCGAUCCCAGAGCAUGAAGUCUGUCAAGACCAUCAAAGGCCGCAAAGAGGUGCGGUACGGUUCACUAAAAUAUAAAGUGAAGAAGAGACCACAGGUGUAUUUCUAGUGUCUACACCACACCCAUCUCAAGACAAAUAAAUGUAACAAAUCAACUUCAUUUUCUAACACGACGUAUUCAGGACUUAACACUUUAAUUUUUGUGGCGAUGACGGGGUCUACGUAAUGACUUUAAAUAGUUCGUGUUUCUUUAACAAUUACUUUUAGAUUUUUAACUGCUAAGCGUAGUCAUAUAAGGUUUGUUAAUGUAUGUGUACAUAGCAAAAGUGACAGAGAAUCACGUUCCUGAUGUCAACAGCAACACUGAGUGCCUGAGAUGUAAAGAUAAAGCACAGACCAGGGUAUACGUAAAAAGUCUUUGCUGCAGGAUACACCUGCCGUUCUGGUGUUGCAUUCUGUUUACGUCAUCGUGGACUCACUACCACCGGAGGAUGGUGCCGUGUCCUUCCCUAAGCCUUUGAAACUUUCCACCAUGAGCUGAAAGUUUUUAAAACAGAUUAUUUGAAAACCAGGUGUCCACGUAGCACUUUCCGGGCUAGUUUUGCACACUUGAAAAUUGUUUACUUAGUUUACGGCUGUACAUUUACUUUCCAUUGUAUCGAGGCUGUCUUUUUUGUUGUCUGUCAGAUUCUGACAUGUGAAGAUUAGGCCUUGAAACCGCAUCAUCUCCUUUGCCUAUGGGUUUGUUUCAUUUGUUAAAUUCAGCUUAUGUAGAAACAUGUAACUGUUAACUUUUGACUCCUUUGUUUUGUUUUGGUUUUUGAAUUAGGGUCUCAUAGCCCGAGGGCGGCCUUGAACUCCUGAUCCUCUUCCUGCUACCACCUCGAAAUUGCUGGGAUAACAGGUGUUAUCACGCCUGGCUAAUUUUAGCUGUCUUUCAAUUAUAUUCUUGACAUCUGAGAAGUUACCUCAAACAUUAACCAGUUUCCAUAGUUGAACUCGAUGUGUUUUUAUCAACAGCAAAUUACAUUAUUCUACGUUUCAAAAAAAUAGUUUUUAGGGGCUGGAGAAGUAGCAGGUUAAGAGCAAUGCUGUUCUUCCAGAGGACCAUGGUUCAAGUCCCAGCACCCACACGGCAGCUCACAACUGUCUGCCAUCCAACUCCAAGUGACUCAACACACUCACGCAGAUAUGCGCACAGGCAAAACCCCACUGCACAUAAAAUGUAAAUAAAUAAGUAAAUGACUAGCUUUGUGGAAUAGUCAUAGACCAGUGUAGUUCUUAGUGUAUUCUAACUCAUGGGAAUCCCAGUGGCCACACUUCAUUCCCAAGCUCAGCAGAUGUUCAUGCUACCUUACAGACCCGGCAGUGACUAACAUCUUUUAGAUCUUUUUCUGCCUGAGGGUAUUCUCUGAAGAUGAGUGUCAGGGUAAAACACAAACAUCAUUGAUGCUACAUAGCCCAGGCUUCCAGAUAAGGACCAUCUUGUUAAUCUAAGAGAUAUAGAGGGAGUGAACUUGGCUCUUUUUAGGUUGCCUUACUAACUGGGCAUUGUGGACACUAAAUCAUAUUAGGGGUGAGGAUUAAUCAAAAUUUCAACAUCGAACAAUAUUUACUUACGUGGGGGUGCCUGAGUGGCAUCCACACAUGACUCCUCUUGAUGCUGCAGAUAUUUUCUAAACUGAAUCACAUUGUUAAUAUUUUUAACACCAAAUAAAAAUUUAAUUUUUUCCCUCCCAAAUUUAAUCUCGUAUCUCCAUCUACUUUGCUUUGACUAAUAGCCUCUUCGUUUCUAGAAGGGUUCUCUAAUUUCUAUUCAAACAUCUAUAAAAUAAAGUCCCAUAAUAAAUUAUUAGACAGAGUGUUAUUCAUGUCACCUGGACCAGACCUGCUCUGAACCAGUGCUGCUCUCAGCAUGGGUGGUUUGCCCUGCAGAGGCCAUGUUACCUGAUCGGGUGAUUUGAUAAGUAGAGCAAGUUACUUUGUCUCCAUGGGGACAGAUUGGCAAGAUUGUAUCUUUUUCAAGUCCAGUCUUAGUAUUAAACAAACUUACCCUUCCUAGCUACAGGUAGAUACCAUGCUUGAGGUACACAAGGCCUUGAGUUCAAUCCCAGAACCGAAACAAAAGAUGGCUAAAACAAACUUACCUAUUCUGUAAUGAGUCUGCGCACUCUUUGUUUCUUCUUUUGAUUUGUUGGUUUGGAGGCGGUGUUUACAGAGUCUCACUGUGUGGCCCUGGCUGUCCGGAAAUUCACUCUAUAGACCAGGCUGACCUCAAACUCAUAAAGAUCCAACUGCCACUGCCUCUCCGAUGCUAGCAUUAAAGGUGUGCACCACCAUGCCCAAGUCGUUUUGAGACAAAGUCUCACUCUAGCCAACCUGAAAUGCACUAUGUAGCCCAGGCUUGCCUCAACUAUAUGGAUGCUUCAGCCUUCAGCUGAGAUUAGAGGUGCUUGGCUCUAUAUUCUUACUUCACAGGCUUUUUAAAUUGGGAGAACCAUCACAUUCUAGAAUCAAAACGCUCAAGCAAUGAUACCUGACCUGACUCAGAACUAUUGCUGGCUCAUCUGCUCACUCCCACUGUCCCUCCCAGUCCCAGCUCAGGCUUGUCCCUGCAGUACACAGGCUCAUAUGCACUUGAUGACUGUCCUACCACACUCUGUUUCUGUCUGCAUCGUCUCAUGUCCCAGCACGCCCUUUUCUCUGAACUUCGUAUACUGAGCUAAAGCACUUUUUCGUUCUGUUUCUCUUAAAGUGGAUCAGGUCACGUUGUUUGUUUCUGUUUUUGAGUAUGCUGAUUUUUUUCGAGAUGUAAACUUAUUCAUAAACCACGGUGCCUUGACUUACCCAUAUCACCAGCAUGUGAUGCACAAACCUGUUUUAGGCCCUGUUUCUCUGCCUUUUGACAUUGAUCCAAAAAUAAUAGCCUCCUAGUAUUUUAUCUAAAUAUCCAGUCAUUCAGUGCGGUCACUAAUACUUAACAUUCCCCGUACUUAACUGUUGUUUGAUAUAGGUCUAUACGGUAUCUCGUUUUCCUUUCUGGUAUUAAAGGGAGCCUUCAGUAUAGCUGGAGAGAUGGCUCGAUGUUUUAAGAACACAUAGUGCUCUUACAGAGGACCUGGGUUCAGUUCUUAGCGCCUAUGCCAAGUAUUUAGUUCACAACUGCCUUCAGCACCAGCUCCAGGGGAUCGGGCACCUUCCUCUGAUUUCCCAGGGCGUGCAGGUGAACACACCUCAUGGAUGCACACGCACAUCAUCUGAAAUUAAAAAAAAAAAAAACAAAUCUGUGAAUAACAAAAAGGAAUCAGAAAUAAGCUGAAUACUAAAUAAGCAAUUAUAUAAGGCCACCUCGGUCCCUGAUAGGUCCCCUCCACACACAUCACUCUGUGUUUUAUAUGGCUAAAAAAAAAAAAAUGAACUCUUGUGAUCGUAGCUAGCAAUAAACACUUUAGCACAUGGAGGGAUGGAACAGCACUAACUACUCAUGUCUUUUCAGGGAUCUUACUCCGUGUGUCACCACCAAAGACUUCCACAGUGUUAUAAAGCAUGUAAAUACUCUCAAAUUAUGUCAGACAUUGGCUACAUGUAUCUUCCUUCUUGUCUGUACUUUGGAGAAACACCUGAACCUUUGUGGUAUUACUCUAAUACUGUCUUAUAUUAACUGUAAGUUUUUUAUUGGACUGUUGUCUGCCGUUGGAAAAACUAAGGAGAUCUGAAGAGAUCUAAAUACAGAAAUCUGAGUUCUGAUUCCGAGGUUGUUUCCUCUGACCUCUUCCUUUUAGGUUGAUUUACUUGUGAAACAGGUAAAUGUUCAGAGGGUCAUUGCUUUGUGGUUUGUAGUAUUUCUUAAGACACAUACCCUGAGAUUUUAAAGUUUUCUGAUAAAAUAGUAUCUUUUUCCCUAAGCACUUCUAAACUUAGUCUUUUAGCAAUAAUUCUGCAGAUUGACCCUUUUUAAAUAUUGGGUAUUGACCCUUUUUGAGCAUUAACCUUGACUUAACAUUUUUUCUUUUCUAAUAUUUUUAUCUCUGUAUACUUUAAUACUUUAAGCGGAAAUAAUUUUAUAAGAUCUGUUAAAGCCCCAUAUGUGGGUGGCUCUGCAUGUGUGUUUUGGGAAACUUUUACAAUAAAGUAAACUCAUUUUAUUAGUGGCA